AUGGUCGUCGAAUGCGUCGGGAGCAUCGCCGACGUGUUUGAGAGCGUCGCGGCCGAGAUCAUCGGCGCCAUGUUCCUCGCCAAAGAAAGCAAGAUCGAGUCCCCCGUGUUCGACAUUGUCGUAUCCUCCAUGGGUAUUUUGUGCGUGACUGAGCCCGGUGUUGGCUGCGCCGGUGUUCGCAACCGACGACUACCGUAUUUACAACGGUAA